CGGGUUCCGCAGGCUCUGGGGGGGGUUGCGGGGCGCGGCCUGGGAGGCCUGGGGCGGUGCUGGGGGUGGGGUUGCGCCAGAGGCUUGUCUUUGGCCCGCUGGAGCCUCACACGUCCUGGGGUGCCUCCCGCAGAGACCACACAGGACCCCGCCCCUGGGACCCGUGUCACCUGGCCCCACACUGGGUGGGGCGGCUGGGGACUCGGCUUUUCGCUUUGAGCUUUGAUCCGCCCGCCGCCGCCCCGCGAGGUGCAGGGAUGUGACCUUCAGCGACCGCUGGGAUGAGCCAAGCCCCCGCCCGCCGCCUGCGCCGCCCCUCUGCCUCCCGGCCGCGCUGACCGCUCCCGCCCGCUGGCCGCUGGCCUGCCCGCCCGCCAUGCCGGCCCCCGCCCUGGGCGCCGCGCUGCUGCUGCUGCUGCUGCUGCUGGACCCGGAACCCGCCCACUCGGUGAUGUUGGGGGCGCGGGAGGCAGCCCAGUUCCUGAGGCCCCGGCAGCGACGCGCUUUCCAAGUGUUUGAGGAGACCAAGCAGGGCCACCUGGAGCGCGAGUGUGUGGAGGAGCUGUGCAGCCAGGAGGAGGCCCGAGAGGUGUUCGAGAAUGACCCCGAGACGAACUAUUUCUACCCUCGGUACCUGGACUGCAUCAGCAAGCACGGCUCUCCGUACUCCAGGAACCCCGACUUUGUGACGUGUGUUCAGAACCUGCCGGACCAGUGCUCCCCAAAGCCUUGUGACAGGGAGGGGACGUCCACGUGCCAGGACCUGCAGGGAGAAUUCCGCUGCCACUGCCAUGCGGGUUGGGGCGGGCGGCUCUGUGGCCAGGACGUGAAUGAGUGCGGCCGGCAGAACGGGGGCUGUGCUCAGGUCUGCUACAACCAGCCCGGAAGUUUCCGCUGCGCCUGUUACAGCGGCUACUUGCUGGCCCCUGAUGGCCGGGCCUGUCACGAUGUGGACGAGUGUGAGGACCCUGGAGCCUGCGGGCAGGCUCGCUGCCAGAACCUGCCGGGCUCCUUCUCCUGCGUGUGUGACCAGGGCUACACCUUCAGCCCCCCGGACAAGGCCUGCCGAGACGUGGAUGAGUGCGCCGAGGGCCGCUGUGAGCAGAGCUGCGUGAACGCCCCCGGGAGUUACAGCUGCCUCUGUGAUGGGCGUGGGGGCCACAAGCUGGCCCCGGACAUGAACACCUGCGAGGACAUCCUGCCCUGUGUGAGCUUCGCCAUGGCCAAGAGCAUGAAGUCACUGUACCUGGGACGAAUGUUCAGUGCCACACCUGUGCUGAGGCUGCGAUUCAAGAGACUGGAGCCCACCAGGCUGGUGGCCGAAUUUGACUUCCGGACCUUCGACCCAGAGGGCGUGCUGUUCUUCGCGGGCGGCCGCCAGGAGGGCUCCUGGAUGGUGCUGGGGCUGCGGGGGGGCCGUCUGGAGCUGCAGCUGAGCUCCCAGGGCGUGGGCCGCGUGACCAGCAGCGGGCCCACCAUCAACCACGGCCAGUGGCAGACGAUCUCGGUAGAAGAGCUGGAGCGAAGCCUGGUGGUGAAGGUGAACAAGGAUGCGGUCAUGAAGAUCGCUGUGUCUGGGGCCCUGUUCCAGCUGGACAGAGGCCUGUACCACCUGAACCUGACUGUGGGGGGCAUCCCCUUCAAGGAGAGAGAGCUGGUGCAGCCGAUGAACCCGCGACUGGACGGCUGCCUGAGGAGCUGGACCUGGAUGAAUGGCGGGGACAGCACUGUCCAGGACACGGUGAAGGCCAACUCCAGGAUGCAGUGCUUCACACUGACAGAGAGGGGCUCCUUCUUCCCAGGGACCGGCUUUGCCUUCUUCCGCCUGGACUACACCCGGACCUCCUCCGAUGUGGGCACCGGGACCACCUGGGGAGUGGAUGUGGUGGCUCGCAUACGGCCAGCAGCUGACACGGGGGUGCUGCUGGCGCUGGUGGGCGCGGACCAGGCCGUGGCCCUGUCUGUGGCGCUGGUGGACUACCACUCCACUAAGAAGCUCAAGAAGCAGCUGGUGGUGCUGGCCGUGGAGGACGUGGCGCUGGCCCUGAUGGAGAUGAAGGCCUGUGAUGGACAGGAGCACGUGCUGACCGUGAGGGUGACCAGUGGGGAGGCCACACUGGAGGUGGAUGGCACACAGGCCCACAGCGAGCUGGACGGCCCCAGGCUGCAGCAGCGGCUGGCUGUGUUGGGGGAGCACCUCCAGGGCUCAGUGCUCACCUUCCUGGGGGGCCUGCCAGAUGUGCCGGUGACGGCCGUGCCCGUGACAGCCUUCUUCCGCGGCUGCAUGACCCUGCAGCUGGGUGGCCAGGUCCUGGACCUGGACACGGCCACCUAUAAGCACAGUGACAUCGCCUCACACUCCUGCCCACCGGCCACUCCUCGGCCUGCCUGAUGUCCACCUGCUCCAGCCGCCUCUCAGGAUAAGCGCCACUACAGCUGCAGCCACACUCCCAGAAUAAAGAUUCACAGACUUUGUA